AGAAUUCCCCCAAUUUCACACAAUAACAAUAAUAAUCUCUAAUUUUCCUUUCGUUAAUUUUACAAAUCAAACCUUGAAAUUAGAUUAGCAUAUUUUCUCUAAUCACUUAAAUCUCUCUUAAUUUUACUCUCUCUCUCUCUCUCUCUUUUUUUUAAAUUUAAUUAUAUCAUCAUAAGAAUGAGCGCAGUAAACAUAACUAACGUCACGGUGCUGGACAAUCCGGCGUCAUUUCUCACACCUUUCCAGUUUGAAAUAUCUUACGAAUGUGUUUCCUCACUUAAAGAAGAUUUGGAGUGGAAGCUCAUUUAUGUUGGAUCUGCAGAGGAUGAAACUUAUGACCAACUGUUAGAAAGUGUACUCGUCGGUCCUGUCAACGUGGGAAACUAUCGUUUUGUUUUGCAGGCAGACCCUCCCGACCCAUCAAAGAUUCGUGAAGAAGAUAUAAUUGGAGUGACAGUGCUUUUGCUAACCUGCUCAUAUGUCGGUCACGAAUUCAUACGAGUGGGAUAUUAUGUGAACAAUGACUAUGAUGAUGAGAAGUUAAAGGAAGAACCUCCACAAAAAGUGAUUAUUGAUAAGGUCCAAAGGAACAUAUUAACAGACAAGCCGAGAGUGACAAAGUUUCCGAUUAACUUUCACCCAGAAAACACUGAAAGUGGAGAUCAAGAAGCCCCUCCACCUGAAGCCAACGCAAACGAACAACCGCCUAAUUCACCUGGUAGUAAUCCCAUAGACAAGGGGGAGCCCUAAGUCUAGUUCUAGAUGCCAACUUUCUCUUUAAUAGUUCAAUAGUGAACUGUAAACAUGUUUAGUUUUUAUUUUAUUUUAUUUUAUUUUUUUAUGUUAAUGGAUUCGUUUAAAUGGUGAUAGAUGAAAUUUCAAUUG